AUGUCCUCGCAGGCGCUGGUGUGCCGUGUCUGUGGUGAUCGUAGCUCCGGUAAGCACUACGGGACGGUUUGCUGUGAUGGGUGCUCUUGCUUCUUCAAGCGCAGUAUUCGCAAACGUGCAAUAUACUCGUGCAUCUCCGGUCAAGGCGAAUGCUCUGUGGAUAAGGCACGUCGCAAUUGGUGUCCUUUUUGUCGGCUACAGAAGUGUUUUCUGGUGGGUAUGAAUGCGGCGGCCGUGCAGCAAGAACGGGGUCCAAGAAUUGCAGACGGGUUCUCGGUGCAGAUUCUGUCGCAAGUGCUGAUGGCGUGUAUCCGGCAAGUGCGUCAUAACGAGCACUUUGCCAUCCUGAGCCGGAUGCAGCAGAACGAGAUACUGCGGCACGUGUGGUACGAAUGCUUUCUGCUCCGCGUGGCCAACUGGUCCAUCGACAUAUCCUCGCUGGUCGAACGCUGCUGCGACGGACAUCUGCGUUCGGUAGUGGAAGACAUUAAGGCAUUGCGGGUGGAUCUCAUCGAACUAUCAUUGCUUGAGACGUUGAUUCUGUGUCGGAAAGAGUAUGCUCUGAGCGAACGGGAAGCCAACCAGCUGGAACAUCUUGCCGAGCGGGCCCUUACCGCCCUCAGCCACUACAGCUGGCAGCAGCAGCCGACCCAUUCGGAGGCACUUACCUCGUCGAAGGAGCUUCAGUGUAGGGCCGGCGUGCCGUUUCGGGAAGUCCGGUACACAUCCACCGGUACCGGGGGUGUACGGGUGCUGGUAGGCCCGGAGGCGAAUGCACAUCCUGCCGGUCUCGAAAGCGCAUCGGCACGUUUGGGGAAACUGUUGCUUGGUUUGCGAACCGUGGCGUUGCGUUUUAACGAAUUUGCCGUCCGUGCGAUGCUGCGGGAGGUAAUUAGUGAUGAUGGGCUAGCACUGGAAACUAUUCUAACGAAACUGUAG